ACAUUUUAAAGCUUCGAUAUCGCGGGAAAUGGAUAGAAUGACUUUAAAAGGAAGCAGUUCCACAGUGUUGUGAAUCGAUGAGAUCAAAUUGUGUAUUAUUGUCGGAAAUGUUGUUUCUAAUCUAAUAUAAAAAAGUGUGAUGUGCUUCAGGGUAGAUCAAAGUGAUUGAAUAUAUUACUAGUUUACGAGAUCGUUCAGCAGAGACAAAAGAAGAUACGUUAUAUAUAUAUAUAUAUAUAUAUCGUGAUAUAUAAAUUUUACGAACAUUCGUUGAAAAUACAGGUUAAUCAUUUUCGUGAAAUUUAUUUCUAAUCCUGCGUGAAAGCGAGAUGUCGUAAGUGUCCUUUGAGGGAGGGAUAGAAUGAAGAUAAUAUAGACAACAAAUGAGAGGAAAAUCGUAAAAUCGUAAAAAUUUUGCAUUUAAACGACGAUUUUGUACUUUUAUGUAUAGUGAGAUUUUAUCGGAAAAUGUAUAUUUAAUUGAAAUCUGCCGUCGACGGAAAGUGAGAAGAAGUUAGCAUGAGGAUAGUCUGCGUUACUCCGGUCUCGAUAAAUCGAGACAUUUUUACGAUUCCCAAAUGUCAUUCAAGAAAACUUAUACACUCAAGGAUGCAAGCAGUCAGAAUGACCGAAGCAAGCGAGGAGUCGUGUUCAGUGAAAGCUCUAAUCAAUAAGUUAGGGCUUGAGGGAUUCUGAAUUCGUUGAUCGUUCGAGGAAGAAAUCUUCAUUGCAAGGAUGUAGGGGGGCCCAUACUCGGGGCCCCAGUGAGGGUUUCCUCUCAAACUGUUUGAACGUAUUAAUAUCAAAAACAAAGAAGAUUCUUUAUAAAUUCAUCAUACUCGUAAACACUAAAACAUAAAGAGUUGGAGAGUUAGAGAAAGAGAAAGAAAGAUAUUUCUCCUGUGAUAUCACAAGUUUGUAACAGAUCUUAAAGUAAUAUCAACAUAUUGUCAAGAGGAAUAACCAGCAGUCAAAGAAUGUUAUGUGUUCGUUAACUUUUUUUUUUUAAAGAAUACGAACUGCUAGUUUUCUUGUCAUCUUAAUUGUUAAUCGGUGUACGUAAAUAUAACAUCAUUAGCUAAUUAUUAGUGAAAUUCAAAGUUUUCGGGGCUAUUCGAUAAUUCGUUCGGUUCUCAAUCGAGUGAAAACUGUGUCAAAUUCGAUUGAAAUCUUGAUUCAUGGAAAUUUAAAAAUUAGAAAAAAAGAGAGAAAGAGAAAGAAUGUUAAUGUUUAUACUUACGGAAAUGUGGGUGUUGUUAGUGAAAAAUAUCGAUCGCGAUAAUGGUAAAAUGAGAUGCGAAGAUAUAAGAGGAAAUGGAAAGGAUGGCAUGCGAUAACAACAUUAAUAUCGGCGAAUUAUUUUUUCGAUGAUGAUGAGGCGAUUGCGCUUAUCUUCGAUUUUAAUCGCGUCAAGAUUCGCCUGAAGCAUCGUUCUCUCCUUAUAAUCGAAUAAACCAGCAAUCAUCGCCGAAGUCAGCAAAAAUGGUCGAUCUAGGAGGAUAUAUUAUCAUAUUGAUCAACCACAAUGACAAGAUCAAACUGUACGGUUCUCCGGCCGACAACGCGGAUACGCUGGAAGUGGCUGAUGAAAUUUUACAAGUUAACGGUAGCACGUUAGAAAAUGCCAGUCAAUCCGAAGUUAUUCAGUAUAUAUAUCAGUGUAUCGAGUCUCGAACGAUAUGUCUGCGAGUGCGGAGGAGAAGCGGAAACAAAAUGGUAGAGCUGGACGGGUUCAACGCUGGUCGGGUUCGAGAAGCUUGGGUCAUCGCCGUCGAAAGGCGUGCAAAGGAACGAUUGCAGCGGCUGGCAUCUCACUGGAGAAUCCAACCGCGGGAUAUCCAAGCGAUUCUGCACCAGCAGAUCAACGAGGCAGUCGCGUCGACGAGCGGGGACAGCGCGGGCAAAAAUGUGACGGGCAACCAAAUUACCGUGACGCUUGCCGACAAGGAGCCGAGCACGAAUGUCUUCACCACCAAGCUCAGCAACGGUAGCAUUCCUAAAGGGUUAGGGAAAGACGCGAAGGAAAUUCGAGGAGCGAAGGACGAAAGAACGGAGAAACAACAACAACAACAACAACAACAACAACAACAACAGAGCUCUUCCGAAGAGACGAAACUUUUGACACCGGUGCAAGGCGGAAGAGUCGGGGAACGACGUGCCAGCAGCCCUUUCCAAAAUGGUCAAACAGAAGUCUUGAUCGGAGAAGUGGAGGGUGGCCCAAGGUCGCCGCGGGGAUCCACGUCUUCGGCGGUGAACGACGCCAAUUUCCUGGGUCCACCGGAUGAACGUGACGGAAACAAGCCCAUUUGCAGGUCCCGAAGGCGUAGCGGCAGUGGCUUGACGGACACACACUCGCAGCAGCAGCAGCAGCAACAGCAGCAACAACAGCAACAGCAAGUGCAGGAGAACAACAACACCAGCUCGAAGAAGGGGCAGGAAGGGUUGGGCCCCGAUGAGAUGUGGGCCCCUGGCGGGCUAGGGCCUCACCGGGAGCUACCAGUCGACGUGCCCGACACCCUUCUUCAAAAGGCCUACCCCAACAAGGUAAACAGCCGCUCGUCCGAUUUCAGGAACGAGCUUCUUCGUUCUCCUCCCCGUAGCGCUAGCGACCUCGACCUCUCCCUAAACCUUAAAAACGACACCCUUAAAAAAUCGCCGCCGCCGCCGCCUCCGCCUCCGCCGCCGCCGCCGCCGCCUCCACGCAUCAACAACCUAGACAACCGCGCUAGAAUCGAUCCGAACAGCGAACCGGCCAUCCGGAACGGUCAGCCGCCGAUGCUCAAGAUCGAGCUGAAGAUCGAGAACCGCCUCGAGGACGAGGAGGAGAGAAUCGUCAAGGAGGUGGGCAGGUACGAUACAACUACCGAUUUUAACCCUCCUUUCAAAGAUUUCGAGGACGAGGAGGAGGAUCAGGAGGAGGACGAGGGAGUGAACGAGGAGGAAGAGGAAGAGGAAGAGGAGGACGAUACGCGGACAACGGAAGGGCAGAAGGAGUCGAGCGUCGAUCUCGACGUAGAGGAGGAUUAUCCGUUCGCGAAGGAGGAUUAUCCAACCAUGUUGAAGACUUGUAGCGACGACUCGGCCAGCCCGAGAAGCUCCUCCGGCAGAUCGGACAGCACCGCCCCCCUCGACACCAGCCUGGUGCUGAGACACGCGAAGACGCGUGGCAAAGGCUCGCCCACCUACGACGCCAGGCGGAUAGAUCUCGGCUCCCCUUGCCGGGGACCCGUCGUCCCGGAGAUCAAGGUGGCGCCACUCUAUCAGAGGCCCACGAGCACCACCACCACCACCACCACCAAUAACAACACCAAUACCAACACCAACACCAACACCAACACCACCACUUCGUUCGAUAACCCCGCCUACGGUUUGGCCGAUCUUCAAGAUCUCCAAGGAUUUUUGAUGAGAUCGGACGAGGUGUCCGACCUGACUCGAUUGAUCGACGCCGAGCAAUGCCCCACCAUCCCGAGAAUCCCGCGUGCUACUACCGAGCAAGACGUUGUUGCUUGUCUGUCGACUCCCUCUCGCGGCAAGCAGGAUAAGUUAAAGUCGGAAACGAGUUGUCCGUCGAUCGUUUCGACGAGCAAAUCGACGGUUGGCAAGAAGCAGCAACAACAAUCGUCGUCGAGCGGUGGUCACCACCAUCAUCACCAGCACCAUCACCACCACCACCACCAUCACCAUCAUCAUCACCGGUCGAAGCAGAAGGGGGGGAGAGGUGGGGUGGAAGCGGAGGAAUCGCUGAUACGCGCGGGCUCGAGCGACGACCUCGCCGGCAUCGAGUCGGGCAGCAGCCUCUCCUCGUCCUCGAGGCGGCAGCACCAGCAGCAACAGCAACAACAGCAGCGGCCGAAAAAGAAGAGGCAUCAACAAAUCUCGAGCGGCUAUUCGACGCUGAGGAGCGACGCGUCCACCGUCGAUCUCGAGCACGUGGACCGUGGUAGCUUCCUGGUGGUCGGCGGCAAAGCCUACCGCGAGGUGGCCGUCGACUGCCCCCCCGACUUCGUCCCCGUCGCCAAACGCCACCCCGUCUAUCCCCCGCCGAACAAGAACGGGAACAAGAACGCGUCACUGUUACGACACCCGAAACGCGACGGUGGUGGUGGUGGUGGUGGUGGUGGUAAUAAUAAUAAUAAUAAUAAUAAUAACAAUAAUAAUAAUAAUAAUAAUAAUAAGAUGGUAGUGAACGGGGACGAAGGGGGGGCGAGUAUCGUGUGCGCGAAGUACGAUCGUAGUAGUAGGUUUCAACUCGGUGGCAAGCCUGUUACGGAUCUCGUACCGGGAUCGCCCGUACUCGAGCCCUCGUCGAACAAGACCGGUCUGAACGGGGUGAAACCUGCCAUCCCCCCGAGAGAUCAAAAGAGGGCACCUGCCAGACCGCCGAAAGAUAACCUACGUUUGUCCACGCAGAACAAUAACGUGGAGAGCACCGAUAACGCGAAUGCCGAGCCUACGCAACAACAACUGCAUUCCAUCAGAAAAUACCAGGAGCAGCUACGUAAACGAAAGGAUGAGGAGGAGAGGCAAGAGAUACUCAAUCAAUCGUUACGCGGAUCGAAAAAGCUGCAAGCUCUGGAGAGCCACGCGACCAGCCUCUCGGGCCAAGAAAAUCUCGCAUACACCCAGGACGAGGUGACCACCGUCGGCCGUCCAACGCACGUCACCACGCAAGAAGUAGAGGAGCCUCCCAGGCCCCUCACAUACGGAGAGGUCGUCGCGACGUUGGAGAGGCUACAGCUUCAGUUGCGCAAUAUUUCCGGUGCUCUAGGCAUUUCGGGGCCGGGUGUCGAAGCCGAACUCGAAGCGGUGCGAACUCUUCUGGUGCAAAGUCGAUUCGCAUCUGCCCUCGCCACCCAUCACAUCCUCAGAAAUCGUUUAAGAUCGAACAAAGUUUUGAAACAUCACACCGAGGACGCCUCCACUUUAGCACGAGACUGUGUGGACAUUCUCGAGAAAUGGCAGUCCUCGUCGACAGCAACAGGUGUCGGUGGAGCGGAAACGAUCGCCGCCGUCGAGGAACUGACAGGAAUUCUGACGAGCUACGACAUGGAAGCCCUCCUCCUCACCCACGACUCCAUCAUCUCGUACGUGGAUGGACUGCAGAGAAAACAGAGCCCCUCGUCCUCGUCGCCGAGCGGUCCACCCAGCCCGACUUCAAGCUGGAGAGGCUCACGGGUCGUGGACAAUAUUAAAAUUAUCAGAAUCGAGAAAACCAACGAACCUCUUGGCGCUACGGUCAGAAACGAGGGUGAUGCGGUUAUAAUAGGGCGUGUCGUGCGAGGAGGUGCGGCCGACAAGUCUGGACUUUUGCACGAAGGGGACGAGGUUCUCGAGGUGAAUGGCGUGGAAAUGCGUGGCAAAAGCGUAAACGAAGUGUGCGAUAUUCUGGCUGGUAUGCAGGGCAGUCUAACCUUCCUCGUGCUCCCGGCACCCACGAGUCACAGGAACAAUUUGUCGAAUAGAAGGGAAGAUACGAACCAGAUACAACACAUACGGGCCCACUUCGAUUACGACCCCGAGGAAGAUCCUUAUAUACCGUGCAGGGAAUUGGGUGUCAGUUUUCAGAAGGGUGAUGUGUUGCACGUGAUCUCUCAAGAGGAUCCUAAUUGGUGGCAAGCGUAUCGAGAGGGUGAAGAGGAUCAAACUCUGGCUGGUUUGAUACCCAGCAAAGCCUUCCAGCAUCAGCGAGAAUCAAUGAAGCAAACUAUCGCUGGUGAUAAAUCGACCGUACGCGGUUCUAAGAAAUCUAGUACGUUGUUGUGCGCUAGAAAGAAUCCAAAGAAGAAGAAACGGAAUAAAUUUGGGGCGAACUACAACGACGACGGAUAUCCACAUUACGCAACGACUGCCAUUGACGAUUACGACAGCGAGGAGGUACUUACUUACGAGGAAGUCGCGUUGUACUAUCCUAGAGCGAAUCACAAAAGACCGAUAGUCUUAAUAGGGCCACCAAAUAUCGGGCGACAUGAGCUGAGACAGAGGCUGAUGCAUGACAGCGAGCGUUUCGCGGCUGCUAUUCCUCACACGAGUCGUCCAAGAAAGGACUCGGAAGUGGACGGACAGGACUAUCAUUUCAUUUCUCGUUCUCAAUUCGAAUCCGAUAUACUUUGUCGAAAGUUCGUCGAACACGGCGAGUACGAGAAAGCUUAUUACGGCACCUCCGUCGAAGCUAUACGAUCCGUAGUAAACUCUGGUAAAAUUUGUGUUCUUAAUCUGCAUCCGCAGAGUCUGAAGAUAUUGCGAAAUUCGGACUUGAAACCGUACGUGGUAUUCGUCGCGCCGCCAAGUUUGGAGAAACUUCGCCAAAAAAGGAUCAAGAAUAACGAGAGUUUCAAGGAGGAGGAGUUGAAGGAUAUUAUAGAGAAAGCACGGGAAAUGGAGGAUAAAUACGGGCAUCUGUUCGACAUGAUCAUCAUAAACACAGAUACGGAUAGAGCGUACAAUCAGCUGCUGACGGAGAUCAAUUCGUUGGAAAGGGAGCCUCAGUGGGUGCCUGCUUCUUGGGUUCAGUAAAAAAAAAGAAAAAAAAAUAAUAUGGAACGGAGCAAUGUUUUUUUUCCGAAACACCAAGCCAAAUUUUUCGCUGAGACAGCGGAAAAGGCCAGUAAUCGAGAGAGGCGGGUUUAAAGUCUGAUUUGGAAAAAAGUCACUUUCCAAGGACUGGUUCUUUUACUGGUGCCUGUUAUACAUUUUAACGUUUCGUACACGCGCGUUAAAUUAAACGAUUCCUUGCCAGGCUAUCGUACUCCAAGUACCGCUGGUGUAGUCUUCCGUGUCGUAUAUAUGGUGCCAUCUGAAUAUUCGAAGAUCGUCGUCAGCAAGAUCAUUGUACAAAGAGCGUCGAAAAUUCGCGUGAUUUCUCGAUUUACGUGUUCGGGGGAUUCUUUGAUGUUUAAAGUCGAAUCUCGAGGAAUCGCUGGAUCGUGAUGCUCGUUUUUCACUCGUAUCAGCCGUAACACUGGUUUUUCCCGAGGAUUUUACUCAGCAUAAUUUAUACCGACGAGAUGUCCCGGGAAAAAAGUUGCUACUAUUUUUGCGCAUAAGAUAUAUUAUAUAUAACAUUUUCCCAAAGAUAUGUGAACUUGAAAGAGAUCAUUUUUCUCUUCUCUUUAAAAAUCACCAGAUUUCUACAGGAUACACCGAGCCCUGAAAGGAAAAAGAAAAGCAAAAAUAAAAAAAAAAAAAAAAAAAAAAAAAUAAAAUGGAAACGCGAAAAUCUUAAAUCUUACGAGAGCAGCCUUUUCACUCGCAAAGACAUGAAAGACUUUUCGCGUUGUCACAAUUUUCACGAUAAAUCCUCCUUCUAAGGAGAGCGCGUCCUUAUCGCUGAGUUUUUUAAGUCAAAAGAAAAAAAAAAAAAAAGAAAGAAAGAAAAGAAAUAUUUCGCAAGACUUUGCAAGUUGUUAACGUAAACCACGUUUCCUCGUAUUCGUAAUUUUUGUGUGAAACUAGUAAUUUCGAAGAAGGCGGAACUCAUAAACGUUUCAUCGUUCGCUCUAGGCACUCUCUUUCUCUCGUGUUUAUUUAGAGGAAAGAACCAUAACUUUUAAUCCAAGUAGACCUCGUUAAUAUGAUAUAGACUUAGGCUCGUGUGUAAACCAACGUAAACGAAUUUUUAAGACACUUUGGAAAAAACAAAUUUUUUUUUCUUUUUUUUUUUUCCCCCCUCCUCUUAUUUUUGUCUUCGAAGAAUCGUUUUUCCUUUUUUUUCUGUCCAGUAUCAAACUUUCAUAUCAGCCAUGUAUCCAUAUACCACCUUCUUUACUCGAUUAGCAAUAACGCAGGAUGUUCUUCGAGUCGAAAAUCCUCGCUAAAACAAAAAAUAUGGUAUCGUGACUCCUAAACAAAAAGAGAAAAAUUAAAAAAGAAAAAAAAAUCGAUGAUCAAUCGUUUUUAGUUGAGGAAAGAAAUUUUCCCGAGAGUAGUUUCAUUCGUUGAUGUCGUAAACCCAGCUAGAAGCGAAAGAAUGUUUCCAGUGAGAGAAACGUGAAAAAAAAAAAAAUGAUACUAAUUGCUACCUUUUUAGUCCACUAUUUAAGAAGUUAAGUUAAGAAAUCACGCACGAUGGUCGGAGUAUUGUGCCAAUUAGACCGCGUGUCGAAGAGGACGUGAAAUGUGCCAAAAUAUUUGAAGAAAAAGAAAGAGAAAAAAAAGAGACAGAAAGUGAGAGGGCAAAGGGAAAAAGGAAAAGAAGAAACACUUGGGAAACACGCUCAACGGCACUUUCGUGUAUCUGUCGUUAUAUUAAUUCUGUAAAUAUUUGUGCACUUGUAUAGAACAAAAAAGAUGAAUGAAUAAGAAGUUAUUAUCGUUA